UUGAUACAAUUGAAACUUUGAAUGGUUCAUUUGUUUAUACUUUUAUACUGUUAGUAUAAUUUUUGUUAGUAUUGUAAGGUUAAUAUACACAAUAAGUCAAUAGUUUUCUGUAAAGGCCUUAUUUUUGUUCGGUUUACAACUUGUAGCAGGUAAAAACAAAUUAUGGAAUUUAAGAUGGUGCUAGUAUUUUGUCUGUUACUUCUAACAACAUUAAAAACAGUGGUGGAAGCUUGUGAACAACAGGGUAUACCUUCUACAAACGACGGAACGUGUUCACGAGACACGUGCAUCAACAGGGAUGUCGAUAACGAGCCAGAAGACAAACACAAUAAUUACAAAGUGGAUGCUGACAGUAAAGAGACUGAUAAAAAUAAUGAGGAUGUUAGUAUAGAAGAAGGCAUCGUAGAUGAAGAUGAACAAGAGGGAGUCCUUGAAUUUAGAGAUUACGAAUUCCAACCAUUAGCUCGCAUAAUUCCAGGGAAAGUUGGAGAUGUUGAAGAGAUCGAACUUGAAGAAGGAAAAUUCUACAAACGAAUAACCAGAUCUGUAAAUCCACCGAUAUUUGAGAUUCCAAAUUACCUGUCAGUCAUGGAAUGUAAUAUGAUAAUUUCCGCUGCACUGUAUGCCGGUCUAGAGACGAGUGCAGUAGUUGGGCAUGACAUUAAUGAAGAAAGAAAUCAGGCGAGUCAUUUAUCCGAGAUGAGCAGAGUUAGUGAACAGACUUGGUUGUCGUCUGAUACCAUGCCUAAGACACUCUGGAGAAGACUGGUUAACAGGUUGUCAAAGCUGACGCAGUUACCUGUUGAACAUCUAGAAGUCAGCGAACAGAUGCAGGUGGUGAGCUACGUAAGCGGAGGACAUUAUCAUGCACACAUCGAUUCAACCGACACAACAGAUAAAUUGCAUUUACCUUGUUGCGCCCAGACCCCAGAAUGUCUCGAGGUUGACAUUUCUACUGAAGGAUUCGAAGAGUGUUGUAGAAUAUGUAGGUACAUGACAGUUUUGUAUUACCUUAGUGAUGUGGAGGAAGGCGGAGAAACUGCGUUCCCCUUGGCUGAUAUGCCAGAUGAUCUGUUUGAGGAAAAGUUUAAAGACAGAGAAUUCCAAUCAUGGCACGACCUGAGCAACUUCUGUUAUAACGCUUCUGUGGUGGUUAAACCAAAACGAGGCACAGCUAUCAUGUGGUACAAUCAUUUACUCGAUGAGAACGGCUACCUAGGUCAUGUGGAUAUGCGAUCAAAUCAUGGGGGUUGUGACAUCAUCAAGGGAAAUAAAUGGAUUGCAAACAACUGGAUAGCUGGUACCAGUUUCAGAGACAGAAAUAAACCUUCAAUGAUUUAUUGAUUUCUUAUUUAUGCAAAAGAUAAAUGUGUGCAUGAA